AUGUUCUUUGAAUUAUACUGGCAAUAUUUUUUGAGUGGACUUUUACUUUGGGUGGUGGUUAAAAUUGCUUUGAGCAUUAAAAAUAGACGAAACCUUGUCGCAACAAAAGAUGUUUAUAUUGAAUACGAUUCAGAAGAAAUUCCUGCACUUCCAUUGGAUCUAAAGCACAUUCCUCUCGAUUUUAGCAAACUCUCGACGGAAGAAUCUCUAAAAAACUCCGAAGAAUUCUACAAAUUGUUGAACCAAAGACGCACAGUCAGGCAUUUUAGCACCCAACCCGUACCCAAAGAGAUAAUUUACAAUUUGAUUAAAACCGCUGGUACUGCACCGAGUGGUGCUCACACUGAACCAUGGACUUACGUUGUCGUAUCAAAUCCGCACAUGAAACAAAAAAUUAGGGAAAUAAUCGAAGAGGAAGAGGAGAUUAAUUAUAAAAAACGCAUGGGAAAAGUGUGGAUUACCGAUUUGAAACCUUUAAAAACUAAUUGGGUUAAGGAGUACUUAACUGAUGCGCCCUUUUUGAUUUUGGUUUUCAAACAAAUCUACAGCUUCAAAGAGGAUGGUACUAAAAAAAUACAUUAUUAUAACGAGCAAAGUGUCGCAAUGGCUUCGGGGAUUUUAUUGGCAGCAAUUCAAAACGCUGGUUUAGUUUCUCUAACAUCGACUCCCCUAAAUUGUGGACCGGCUCUUAGGAGUUUACUGGAGAGGCCGAAUUCUGAAAAACUGACGCUCUUGUUGCCUGUUGGUUAUCCUGCUGACGAUUGUUUGGUUCCCGAUUUACAUAGGAAGUGUCUCGAAGAUAUUAUGAUUUGUUUUCUGUAA